AUGUACUUUCAUCUUCACGACCCGGAACUUGUUACUCGGAUUCUUACGUUUGCCGCUACAAACUUGAAGACACACGUUCCAUCCUUAGCCCACUGCAGUCCCAUACGACUUGUUCUCUCGAUCGCCAGGCCAAAGGAAGAAACACGGGAUGCUGGUCAAGAAAUUGUUUUCACAGACGUGCCGGAAAAGCCCUGCAGCCGGCUGACAAUAGAAGAUAGCCAGGGUGUUCCUUCCCACGAUCAUACAACUUCUCCGAAGCGUGCAUCUCUGGUUCCUAAACCUUUCCGGGCCCGGAAGACUGUUGUGCCGUUUCGACGGGCUCUUUCCACGUUGAUGCCGUCGGCCCAGGUUGAUCGUAUCUCGGUCCUCGUCGGACGAACAAAUCGUUUUCAAGUACAUAUGGCCCGCGAUUAUUCCUAUGACUCCAGGCCCCCCUUCAAUUGUUUUGCCUCGGCCUCCUGA